CCUGAAAGCUUUUGAUCGGGAAGUAAAUGAGUUUGUGGACUAUAUGUUUGGGCCUCGAGAUGCCAGGGUUAGAGGAUGGUUCCUUUUGGACUCUUACCUUCCCACAUUUUUCCUUACUGGAGCUUACCUGCUCUGCAUAUGGCUGGGCAACAAGUUCAUGAGGAACAGACCUCCUUUCUCUCUCAGGGCUCACCUCAUUGUAUAUAACCUUGGGAUUACACUACUCUCCUUGUACAUGCUUAUAGAGCUCAUCCUUGCCACGUGGGAAGGAGGCUACAACUUGCAGUGCCAGAACCUCCACAGCGCAGGGGAGGCUGACAUCCGGGUAGCCAAGGUGCUGUGGUGGUAUUAUUUCUCCAAAGUAAUUGAAUUCAUGGACACUAUCUUCUUUGUACUGAGAAAGAAAAGCAGUCAGAUCACCUUCCUUCAUGUGUAUCACCAUGCCACUAUGUUUAACAUUUGGUGGUGUGUUCUGAACUGGAUACCCUGUGGGCAAAGUUUCUUUGGACCCACUUUGAAUAGCUUUAUCCACGUGCUCAUGUAUUCUUAUUACGGCCUGUCUGUCAUCCCUUCUAUGCGCAAGUAUCUCUGGUGGAAGAAAUACCUCACUCAGGCACAGCUGAUCCAGUUUCUGCUCACUAUUGUGCACACACUCAGUGCAGCUGUGAAGCCAUGUGGGUUCCCAUUUGGCUGCCUCAUGUUCCAGUCCUCUUAUAUGGCCACACUGGUCAUUCUCUUCAUAAAUUUCUACAUUAAGACAUACCGGAAAGCACCUUCAAGAACAGCUAUGAAGGAAACCUCUAUAAAGGAAACAGAAAUCAAGAAUGGUUUCCACAAGGACUACUUUGCUGCUGCCAAUGGAUUCCUGAACAAUAAGAAAGCACAAUAAGUAUUGUCUUUCCUAUGAUCUUUUUUUUUCCUAAAAAAUAAA